GCUGAUUAUGCUGCCGUCUCUUGGGAGUUGCAGGGAGAGGAAAAAUUGUUCUCGUGUCAGAACAGAAAAGUGACGUUUCUCUGAAAACUUCAGGGUGUUAUUAUUGGAUUUCAUGGCUCUCCUCACCAACUUCACUGUCCUCCUGGUCCUCGCUUGUAUUUCCCAUCAGAUGAUAUUAGGAGGCUGUCAGAAGAGCCACGGACGAAGAGGACGUGGUAACAGAGGACAACACAAGGAGCGAUCAGGGCAGAAGGUUGGCCGUCAAACCAAAUCUGUCUCUGUGUCUCAAAUGAUGGGCAAAUGGGUCACUAAAGACGCGUCAGAGUGUAGCUGGAUUGCAGCAGGGGAAACCCUCAUCACCCUUAAUGUGACCUGCAGAAAAGGAGACAUUAGCAUCAGCUGCGAGUAUGCUGCCAGACCAUCUCUCUGUCCCCAGUAUGCAUCCAGUGAAGUCGACUACUGGGUCCAGAUUUCCAAAGCUCUGAAAAAACACAAGAACCUCUGUCAGGACAAGCAUGGACUGCUGAGGGCGGGCAUGUGCAGAGGAGCUGCCAGAGAGGCUCAUUUCAGACUCCGUGUUUCACAGAUGGAAAAAAACGCUUCAGCUAAACACGACCAAGCUGUCAAAUCCUGUCAGCCUGAUAACAGGAAGCUGGCAGAAGAGUUCUGCAGCGAGUCCUGGUCAGGUCUGUGCACCUUUCUAUUCACAAUGGUGAAAGAUGCUGAUUGCUAAGACAGAAACAGCUGAAGUGGAAUAAGUGAGCAUGCACACUGAUGACUGAUAUCCACACAUUAUACUUGUAUUAUCAUUUGCUACACUCUCAUUUGUGCUUUAUCAUUUAAAACUCAUUUUAAACACAAAUGUUUAUUUUGGACAUUUGAUUCUUUUUAGACAUUCUUCCUAUUUCUAAAAAAAUUUGCUCUCUGUAAUAGUUAUCCAUCAAAAUUAAAUAGAUUUAAAAUGUAAUUAAGCAUUGUAUUUGUCUAAAUAAUUAUUUCUGCCCUUCUAGUGUUGCAUGGUAGAGCACAAAGGAUUUGCUGAAUGAAUUGAGUGUCAUCUCUUCAGCCUGCAAUACUUUGGCACAGACAGUGAAAUUACAAACUGCUCACAAAUUCAUCCAAAAGGACACCACCAUCUAUAAGGAUCAAAUGGAAGGUUGAACUGAUUCUUUUAAAAAUGAAACAAGACAUUUGUACUAAUGAUUUACAAAUCAGGCCAGUAUUUACCAUUUUUUAAUAAACCAGCAUUGGUCGAUACAUCGUUUUAGCAGAGCCAAUUUAAAGUCAGGCACAUCCGCAGGCAGCCUGUGCUGCAGCAUAUUUACGUUUCUGAAAAACAUCUGCUUAAUAAAUAUUCUACAACAUUACUGUCAACUGACAAGGCCAUAAUCCCUCCUUUUGGCGUAUUUUUCAGACAGGAAGUGUGGGAGGAUUAAGACUAGUGGUGGUGGUGUGUUUGUGUAUGUUUGUUUGUGUGUAUGAGGGAGGGAGUGACGGGUUCUUUAAAUUUGGUUUUCAAAAACUGAUUCAGGUCGAGAAACAUUGCAAAUCCACUGUUAACAUGCAGACAAGGUGGAAAAUGUCUAGAUGUCAGCCCUGAAAUUCUGCCCAAUCAAUCCACAGCACUAAUCGGCCAUCAGCUGAUCAUGACCUCUACAUAUCAGCAGACAUCAGCAUCACAUAGGUUGAUCUCUAAUUUAUACCACAAAUAAUAUAUGUUGUUUUCAGAAUUAAACCAAAAUCCACAAACAGAUGUUUGCCACUACUUUAUGCAGCUUUUUUAUACAAUAAAAUAUGGCAUAAAUCUAAAUCUGUUUACGUAAUUCACUAAACUGAUGUCAAGAUACUUUUGUUUUUAGAUUUUUGUGAUACACGAUCACCAUUGAAAACAUCUAAAUGAUCAAUUUUAUUAUAAAGAUUUGAAUAAAUGCUUUUAGAAGAGUUUGUUUAAGACCUUGAGGAUUCAUAUCUACAGUUUUUCCCACGUUUAUGGUGUUAAUGUGCCAUGCUGACAGCGGUGCACAUGCUUCCAAACCAGCAGCACACAGAUAUCAGCGUUCACCAAUCAAACACAGGUCAUCCAGAGGCAGACCUUCAUCCUGCUGGGAUUUCAGAAAGAAAAAGGAAACAACUCUCUACUUUUCUCAUCAUCAUUUAACUCUCAUCUACUGCUGAAACAUAACGCAAUACCCACAGCUGAAAUCCUUCAAGUUCAGCCUCUCCACACGUCACACUCUGGUCUUUGUAGGAAAUUUUGUAAGGAUAACAACUAAGCCAUCCAAAGCAACACGGCACAAGAAAAGGGGCAAAUUAGAGGGCAGUCACAAAGUCAGCAGGAUUGCCGUGAAUAUAGAAACACAUUAAAGGAGGAAUUUUUCCCUCAAGCAAGUAAUAAAACAGCAGCUGCAUAGACCAGAAAGCUGCUGUGCUGCUGGGAAUCCUGUUAAAGGUGAUGCAACCACAUGGAGAGCUCGUAAACUUGGUGAAAACAGUUCCUGUGAAAACAGUGUAGUAGAAACAGCUCCUUCAAAGUGUCAUUGCAGAUUUGGUAGAUUCUCUUUUAAAAUGUUACAAUUCAAAGACAAAAGUGAACACUUGAUGCUGAUGGAGUGAUGUUUGCCUGUUUUCAAAUGUAACCACAUUUCUAAAUUAUAUAACUAAGCUAACAUUAACUGUACUUUGUCAAUGUACACAACAAUUCUUUCAUAUUAAAGCAUGCAAGCGCCCCAUUCGACACUGACCCUGCAGAGAACGUCCUGCUCUCUCAGAACAGUGAUGCAUUCACAAAAACAUGAGUGGGUUGUGAUUCACAUGUCACAGUUUUUGAGAAAUGGUCAGAAAUGUUAUUUGCAAGCUUUGAAUGGAAUCAUUCAGCAGCAGAGAGAGCAUUUAGCUGUUCUCUACACUUCCAGGGUUAUUUCAGGAGCCCAGCAUGAGUCUCGGUUGGAUAUCUCAGUCAUAAUAGCGUCUAAAGUUUAGCUGCAGUUGCUCCAAUCACAGAAAAUGAUAGUGAUCAUGUUUGGGAACUACUUGUUAAAAGUCUGACUCAUCUUGAAAAAUCAGCAGAAGCAUUUUCAAAGAAACAAAUCUGGAAAUCUAUUUAUUCAUCAGGCAAAUAAAUGUGUCAAACAAAGACAAUAAAAGACCACCCUCCUAAACAUAUCUAAGCCCUACAAUAAUCUCUCAGUUUAUAAUAUUACUACUAAAAGACAAGCGGAUGGCUUUGUUUUAGCUGGUUCAGUGGAAAACACUGGAACAACACAGCAAACGGAGGAAAUACAGUAAAACUACAUGAAUAUGUAUGUAAAAAAAAACUCAGCACAAAUGAGUCAGCACACUUGCAGAGAGCGACUGCAGUCAUGAGGUGUCUUUCUUCACCUAUAAGAUUGUGCCAUAUUUCAAAUGCAUAAUUAACCAACAACAAAAGUUUAUUUACUCUCAGAUUGGUGUGAAAAGUAUGAAUGCAUCACAUAAGUACAACUAAGAGUGCAACGCUGACUAAAUUAUAUAUUUGAUAGAAAAUGUGUGUGUUCUCACUUUACACUAACAAUUGCAUCUCAGCCGACCAGUCUGUGAAGCUCCUACUUGUUUAAAAUGGCUUUGGCAUCGACUUUGGACAAUUUAGACUUGAGUAUUUCUUUGCGACAUUAGCAGAUACAGGUGAGACUAGAGAAAUUAGAAUGUGGUGCAAACAUUCAUUUAUUUCAAUAAUUCUGAGAGACCAUCCAAAGGCUCGGGAGCCCUUUGCAGGGGUCUAGGAUUCAUUAGCUGAUUAGAGUGUGACACUUUGAGUCUAGAACAUUGAACCUUUUUACAAUAUUCAAAUUGUCUGAUAUUCUGACUGUGGGGUUUUCAUAAGCUGAAAGCCAUAAUCGUCACAAUAAUAACAAAUAAAAGCUUAUUUCG